AUGGCUAGUGAAGGUGGUUCUGCCCUGCCAGGGCGAGAUCCGGCUUGGAAGUAUUGUUUACCGAUUGAGGGUAACCGAAAUGGAACAAUUUGUAAUUUCUGUGGGUUGGUGAUGAAAAGUGGAGGCAUCACGCGAUUCAAGUUUCAUUUAAUGCAAAAAGACCCGCAUAACAACACCAAAAAGUGUCCGAGAGUGCCGCCCGAAGUGAAAGAAGAGAUACGAUUCCUAGUGCAUGACAAAACAAAAGCAAAAGCAAAGAAAAAUGCAGAUAUUGAAGAAAUUCAUAUGAACCCAGAUGAGCGGGAUGCAUAUCGAUCUGCAGUUCGUGCCUCGAAAGCAUCAGAAUGGGAACGUGAACAAUAUGAGAAUAUUGUAGGAAGCAAACGCAAAACAGGGGAGUCUUCACAGUCUCCUGGAUUACCGUCGAUGAUGCGAAAAUCACAUAGUAUGCGACAUUCGCAACAAUCACCCCCUCUUGCCCCUUCACUUUACAAGUCUUCUGCAGCAAAACAAAAAAAUAUCAAAGAUAUAUUCAAGGGUGGUGCAAUUAAAGAAACGAUGGGACGCUUAAUUAGCAAAUUCUUCAUUUAUGAGAGCGUCGCACCCGCAAAAGCAAAGUCUCAUCACUUCAAGAAUAUGAUUAUUGGUGCACAACAAGCUGGAAUGGGAAUCGAACCUCCAUCUCCAUUUGACAUAAAGAACAAGUACUUGGAAAUGGAGUACAGAGAAAUGGAAGCUUAUGUGAACCAACAAAGAGAAAAAUGGAAGACAUAUGGGUGCACAAUAAUGUCAGAUGGAUGGACAGGGCCCACGAAAUUAAGUAUUAUUAAUUUCAUGGUUUAUUCUAAAGGGAGCACGGUCUUCCUUAAGUCAGUUGAUGCAUCGAACUAUAUCAAAGACCACAAGUAUAUAUACGACCUAUUGAAGACUGUUAUCAAAGAAGUCGGUAAAGAAAAUGUGGUCCAAAUUGUCACAGAUAAUGGGUCGGCGUUCAUGAAAGCAGGGAAACAAUUGAUGAAGAAGUACAACUUAUACUGGACUCCGUUGUUAUCGAGGUGA